AUGGACUGCCGAGCUCCCCUGGCUUCUUUGUCCACAUCGCCGAUCACGGAUGCGUCGCUGAAGAAAUGGAACGUCGGUGCCGGAUGUUUGCAUUUCGUGCAAGGCUUUCUCAUGCUCGUCGCUUCGCAAAGCGUUGCCCAAAUCAAGGAUUUCAAGAAAGACAUCACCACAUCGUUUCUUGUUUUCAACGAAGUGACCAAAUCGUUGGAGCCCAGGACGCGUAGUGUCGGAUCCUUCGAGAUCGGCCUGGCCUCUGCCAUUUUUCUGCUGCUCUCCGCCGCGGCGCACCUGUGCAUCGUGUGGAAGUUUUCGUGGUACAUCGAGAACAUCAACCGCGGGGUCAACCUGGCGCGGUGGUACGAGUAUGCAUUGAGUUCCUCGGUCAUGAUUUGCGCGAUCGCAACGCUCUUCGGCUGCUACGACCUCUCUUCGCUCAUCUGCAUCUUCCUGGUCAACGCCUCGAUGAACUUCUUCGGGCUGCACAUGGAGACCCUCAACCCGCCCGAGCGCACGAAAACGGACUGGUCGCCAUUCGUGCACGGGUGUGUUGCGGGACUGGCGCCCUGGAUUGUUGUGGCACAGUACUUUCUCGGCGGUGGCAAUUUCAGUCAGAUCCCUGGCUUUGUCUACGGCAUCCUCUUUGGCUACUUCUUCUUCUUCAACACGUUUCCCGUGAACAUGGCGCUGCAGUACGCCCGCAUCGGAGCAUGGCGCGACUACAGGCACGGCGAGAAGGUCUACAUCUUGCUCUCGCUGCUCUCCAAGAGCCUCCUCGCCUGGCUUGUCUUUGGUGGCUGCUUCCAGCCCAACGGCGACAGCUGA